AAUUAGAAUAUACUGGUCAAACUUUAACAGAAAAGGAUUUAAAGAAAGACAAUGAUAAAAUGGAUGAGGAUAUGGAUGAGGAAAGUGGUGGAGAUUACAGUGAUGAUAGCAAUGAAUUAGAUUAUGAUACAUUAGGAUUA